GUUACGUUCUCCAUUCUGCCCCCACAGUCAGCAAAACACACGUCAGAGCGCAGGUCCACGGCAAACGAAUCCUGCAGAGCUCUGUGUAUGUGUGUUGAUGUGUGUGUGUCAGUGUCAGGAGGAGAGAGAGAGAGAGAGACAGCGUGGACUAGCUGCUUUUGAACCACUGCAGGAGCAUUAAAUCUGGGACUGUCACAGAUACUGAAGGAGAGAAGACAUUCAAAGAAGGACGUUUAUCUAGCAGCACAGUUAUGGAGACUCAUCUCUGCUGUCCACCAGCGGAUCAAACUAGAAGCAAAGGACAGAAAAGUCAGCCGGCGUAUUGACUUUAAUCUUCUGGUGGAAGAACGCAAUUAUAUUCCCUGACAGUUUGCUCUCAGAAGGUGAAGAUCAGGAGUGGAUUUUCCUUGUUUCUUUCCUUUUUCUUCUGUGUUUCAUUUAAUUGCUCUGCUUUUGGGGCAUCCUCACCCUCUCCACAAAGUCGUCACCUCUCUCAGAUCCUUCCUUUCCUUCCCAACAUCUUCUCUGCAUGCUUUUUCACUGCUCUGCAGGUGAACACACUCAUGGUGGAUUCCAAGGGAAGGAACAUGAAAUGUCUGACAUUCUUGUUAAUGCUUCCAGAGUCAGUUAAGAGCAAGUCCAGUAAAAGCUCCAAAAAGGGGAGUCCCAGCAGCUCGUCCAAGCUGCCCCCUGUGUGCUAUGAGAUCGUCACCUUGAAAACCAAGAAGAAGAAGAAGAUGGCAGCAGAGAUCUUCCCCACUAAGAAGCCGGCAUCGGCCACCACGGUGCAGCAGUACCAGCAGCAGAACCUGAACAACAACAACACCAUUCAAUGCUGCAACUGGCAGGGUCUGUACUCCACGAUCAGGGAGAGAAAUGCAGUGAUGUUCAAUAAUGAACUGAUGGCUGACGUUCACUUUGUUGUCGGUCAGUCCGGAGGAACUCAGAGGCUCCCGGGACACAAGUAUGUCCUUGCUGUAGGUAGCUCGGUUUUCCAUGCCAUGUUUUAUGGAGAGUUGGCAGAGGACAAGGAUGAGAUCCGUAUCCCUGAUGUAGAACCUCCAGCCUUUCUGGCUAUGCUGAAGUACAUUUACUGUGAUGAAAUUGACUUAAGUGCUGACACAGUACUGGCAACAUUAUACGCAGCCAAAAAGUACAUAGUCCCGCACCUGGCUCGGGCUUGUGUCAACUUCUUGGAAACAAGUUUGAGUGCAAAGAAUGCCUGUAUUCUUCUAUCUCAGAGCUGUCUGUUUGAAGAGCCAGACCUAACACAACGCUGCUGGGAAGUCAUUGAUGCUCAGGCUGAGCUGGCACUUAAAUCCGAGGGCUUUUGUGACAUUGACGCUCAGACCUUGGAGAGCAUUCUCAGCCGGGAGACUUUGAACGCUAAGGAGAUUGUAGUGUUUGAAGCAGCACUAAGCUGGGCGGAGGCCGAAUGUCAGCGGAGGGAGAUAAACACAACUAUCGACAACAAACGCAAAGUAUUGGGCCAAGCCGUCUACCUGAUCCGUAUACCAACCAUGGGUCUUGAUGAUUUUGCAAAUGGUGCUGCGCAAUCAGGAGUGUUAACACUAAACGAGACCAAUGACAUUUUCUUAUGGUACACGGCGGCUAAAAAACCAGAGCUGCAGUUUGCCUGCCAACCUCGUGAGGGAUUGACACCACAGAAGUGCCAUCGCUUCCAGUCGUGCGCCUACCGCAGCAACCAGUGGCGUUAUCGCGGACGCUGUGACAGCAUUCAGUUUGCUGUAGAUAAGCGAGUGUUUAUCGCGGGUUUCGGGCUUUACGGUUCAAGCUGUGGAUCUGCUGAGUACACUGCCAAGAUCGAGCUGAAACGGCAAGGAGUCGUUCUGGGAAUCAAUCUUAGCAAGUACUUUUCAGAUGGAUCCAGCAACACCUUCCCAGUUUGGUUCGAGUAUCCAGUUCAGAUCGAGCCUGACACUUUCUAUACGGCCAGCGUGGUUCUGGACGGAAAUGAACUGAGUUAUUUCGGACAAGAGGGUAUGACGGAAGUUCAGUGUGGGAAGGUGACCUUCCAGUUUCAGUGCUCUUCGGACAGUACCAACGGCACAGGAGUGCAAGGCGGACAAAUUCCAGAGCUCAUUUUCUAUGCCUAAGUUUCUCUUGGGAAAACAAAAAAAAUGCCCACCUUACCAGUGUGAAAAAGCUUAACAUUACAUACAAUAUAUGUUUUUUUACAUGGCAAAAUUCAACUUCUCCAAUGCUGUCAGCUCGAGCAAACCGAGACAUAACAAGCAUUACAAGGCCUUGUUUUGAGCUCUUAAUAGUUUUCCGGCAGCUGUCAAAGCAUUAACAGUAUUUCCUCCUUGUCUUAAAAGUGAAUUAAAUAUUUUAUUUUGUGCUAUGCAUAAAGCAGCACCUGUUUACAAAGGAAAAUCUCAUUUCAGUGGGAUAUACGUUGUUGACUAAGCUCCUAGUUGGGUGCCACAGCCUGGCUGAUUUAAAAUAGUUUUCAUUCACUUUAUUUGAGAGGGGACAUUGUACAGUAUAUAUUUAAAUGUGUGAACUAAACUAUAAAUAUAUAUAAAUAUAUAAAUAUUAUCACUCCAUGGCUAUGUCUACAGUUUACAAUGACUAUACGCCAUGUUAGUGAACGCUUGCACAUGUAUAUUGUAGCAAUAGUGAACAAAUUAUCCUAACUCAUGAUAACAGACUAACUUCAGUAUUUCUCCACAUCACAAUUCAAGGCAAUCAGAUACCUAACACCAAAGUUACUGUCACCAUAACUUGUUUUUGAUUAAAUAUCAUUGUCAAGCACAGAGUAUCUUAGAUUUCAUUUAGAUUUAGAAGCAUAAAUCCACUUUUCGGAUCAGUCAUAAUGAGAAAUAGCAUAAACAUACUGUAUGUAGAGUUUGCACUGGAAUAAACUAUUUUCAUUCAGAGUCUUUGACCCUGCAUUAACCUUACCCAAGACAGACGUCAUAUUUAAUGUUUUGUAAAUGAAACCAAUGCUGUGAGGGAGAAAUGUUUGGGUUAUACGAUAUAUGUAUAUAAAUAAAUGACAAAAAAAUUCUUUUUUUAAUUAAAC